AUUCAAAAACUUAAUUUUAAUCGAUAGGAGGCUGCUUUCCUUAACUAUUUUAACAAUAUACAAAGUUUGAAUAUUAUUAUGGACAUUGAAUUGCCGUAUGUAGUGGAAUAUGCCAAAAGUGGGAGAGCCUCUUGUAAAGGAUGCAAAUGUUCGAUUCCCAAAAAUAGCCUUCGCAUCGCUGUUAUGGUUCAACUCUCUAGUAUAUACUUCAUGAUUGGGUAUUAUGUGAAUCUACUGACAGCAAGCAAUAAUAUCGUACUGCAGUGGAAAAUACCCUUAAUGAGAAUCGAUUCAAAAACUUAA